UUAUUGGAGACAAUGUUUACAGGCAGAAGAGGAGCAACUCAGCUCAUCUGCUGGAUUUGUUGGUUACUCUUAGUGCACUGGCAACCUCUCGCUCUGUUCCCUUCCAGCAUCAGUGCCGAAUUUUCGCUGUUUCCUGCCCCUGAAACGUUUGUCUUCACCACACAGUGACUGCUGUUGCUGCUCAGUCUCAUCAUGACUGAUGUUGAGCCAGGGAGCAACAUGGCAGCCCACGAGCCCAAGAAUUACCUGGGAUUUGACUUCAGUACCCAGCAGGUUAAAGCUAUUGUUGUUAACGAGGGCCUAGAGGUGUUGCAGGAAGCUCUUGUCCAGUUUGACAAUGAUUUACCAGAGUACAGGACCCAUGGUGGGGUGCAUGUUCGUGGCGAUGGUGUGACAGUGACUGCUCCCACUAUUAUGUGGGUGAAGGCCCUUGACAUGUUGAUGGACAAACUGAGAGUAGCAGGAGCUGAUUUUUCCACAGUUGCUGCCAUUUCUGGUACUGGGCAGCAACACGGUAGUGUAUACUGGAGGACUGGUGCUAGCAAAACACUGCUGGAAGUGCAGCCUGACCGCUUCCUCCAUGAGCAGCUGGCUAUGGCCUUCAGUAUCACUGACUCGCCAGUCUGGAUGGACUCCUCAACUAGCACUCAGUGUCAAGCUCUGGAGGAAGUAGUUGGAGGUCCUCAGAAACUUGCCAACAUCACUGGUUCACGUGCAUAUGAGAGGUUUACAGGAUCCCAAAUUGCAAAAAUUUACAAGACGCGUAAAGAGGCCUACAGUAACACUGAAAGGAUUUCUCUUGUGAGCAGUUUUGCUUGUUCCUUGUUUUUGGGUAGCUAUGCUCCAAUUGACUUUGCUGACGGCUCGGGCAUGAAUUUGCUUGACUUAAACACAAAGACUUGGUCACAAGCCUGUCUGGAUGCUUGUGCUCCAGGCCUGGCAGAAAAACUAGGCAAGCCUGUUCCUGCCUCAGAGAAGCUAGGCUCAGUAUCUUCAUAUUUUGUGGAGCGAUACAGCUUCAAUCCAGAUUGUGCUGUGAUUGCAUUCACAGGAGACAAUCCUGCCUCGCUAGCUGGUAUGUGUGUGGGAAGUGGUGAUGUGGUUGUCAGCCUGGGCACCAGCGACACACUUUUUCUGUGGCUGGACAUUCCUACACCUCAACUAGAGGGACACGUGUUGGUCAACCCAGUGGAUAGUACUGCUUAUAUGGCUCUCCUGUGGUUAGUUUAUUAUUUACUUAUCUACCAAAUACUAAUAAUUUGUUAUUUUAUGUAUAGCACAGUAUAUAUUUUGUUUUCUGAAGAAAUAUUCUUUGACAUAAUUCCAGGUAUUUAUUACUACAUGCGUGAAAUUACUCCAAAUCUUGAAGGUGUCUUCCGCUACAAUAAGGCCGAUGACUUAGUGUCACGUUUCACAAGUCGGGAAGUAGAAGUUCGAGCUCUGGUAGAAGGGCAGCUUAUAGCCAAGCGUGUUUAUGCAGAAAAAUUGGGCUUUAACAUAGGCAGUGGGACUAGAGUACUGGCCACUGGAGGAGCUUCAAACAACAACAGUGUCUUACAAGUUCUGGCUGAUGUGUUCAACUCUCCUGUGUAUACCAUGGCAGUUGCCAAUUCUGCGUGUCUGGGAUCUGCAUAUAGGGCCAAGCACGGGUUGGUGGGUGGCAAGUUCCAAGAGGUAAUAAAGAAGCGGGACUUCAAACUUGUCUGCAAACCAAAUUCUGAUGCCGAUAAGGUAUAUACUCCUUUGGUAGAGCGUUAUCUUCAUCUAGAGUCAUCGCUGUUGGCUACCAAGAACAACAUUCCCUCCAUCUAGCAUUGCUACUGUUUACCGUCAAGAAGAAUGCUAUCUCAUCUCAAGCUGUUAUUGUUGGCUGCUAAGAAAUUCUCCUCCAUCUUUACUCAUUACUGUUGGCUGCCAGGAAUAUAUGCUCUAUCAAGAGGUAGUCAGGAACAGUGUUAGGUAAGGAUAGGAACACUGCCAUGAAUGUAUUAGCAGUAGCUAAAAAUGUUCACAUGGCUCUAUUUGUUGGCUGGGAAACUUAAGGUGCUUUUGAUUUAGUGUUUAAAGUCUAACUUUGCCUUAAUUACAUUAAAAUUUAUAAAGCUUGCCUCACUUAUAUCAGAAAAAUAUUUUUUUUCUAGCACUUGCAAAAAAUAUUAUUAAAUAAGUGAUAUAAAUAAUAUAUAAAAAAAAGUCUGUAAAAAUAACUAGUCAUUCAUUUCUAUUAUAUGUAACUUUUUCUUUUAGAAACUCUACAAUAUGUGGUAUGAGAGAUUGAGAGGAAAUGAAAGAUUUAUCUUAUUUUACAAUACAGCCUCUUCUCACUUAGCGACAUGCUCGUUUAAUGACGACUUGGACUUACAACGGGCUCUGACCAGUAUGCAUAAUUAAUGUAUAUUAGAGCUGAUUUCCUCUAUUCUGUUUAUUACGAUAUACAGUACAUUGCUGUUUAACCCUUUGAGGGUCGACAGGCCCUCUCCAAAACUCGUUCUCAGGGUCGGCCAAUUUUCAAAAAAAAAAAAAAUUUUCAUAAGAAAAAAAUAGUUUUUUUUUUCUAAACAUUAUAGGCUAAACAAAAAAUUUUUACCGUCAAUACUUACCGAGAUAUGGUGGCGUGAAGUUUGCCAAAAUUGAACAACAUCUGGUAACAUCGCUGACUGCCGUCACCCGGUAUUUUUCUAUUUACUUUUUUAUGUACUAUUUUCAAUUAUUUUUAAAAUUUUCUUUUUCUGAGUAACUUUUAUGGCCUCUGAGGCCAACAUGAUCAGUAUUUUGUAAGUUAUUUCUUUUUCAAUACUACACAAUAAGGGCGUAAACACUGUUGUCAUUAUUUUGUUUGUAGAAAAUAUUUACACAAACAAAAUGAUAUGAAAUGUUGUUUAUUACUAUUUUUCUAUA